CGCGUCAUGUCCGGUGACGAAUGCUCUUGUGUUUGCUCAUCGCCAGAAAUGGAGGAGAAGGAUAUGAGGAGCUGAGACGGGAGCGGCUCGGACGCCACAGAGUCGCCGCUCGCUUUCCCCUCUCCCCCGGCCGCCUGCGCCCAUCGACAUCGGGAGGUGGCAGUGCCACAGCCCGGAUCGCCCGUCCGACCCCAGGCUCCCCGCCGGUCCCACGGCCCGGCCCCGCCAUGAACGGCCUGUCGCUCAGCGAGCUCUGCUGCCUCUUCUGCUGCCCGCCCUGCCCGAGCCGCAUCGCCGCCAAACUGGCCUUCCUGCCCCCCGAGCCCACCUACGUGGCGGUGGCCGACGAGACGGGCUCCUGCUGGACCUUGCGCUUCACCGAGCGGGCCGAGUGGCAGUAUGGCCAGAGAGAGCUCGAUUGCACCGACAUCUUCCUCACCCGAACCAGCCGGGGAAACAGGAUCGCUUGCAUGUUCAUCAGAUGCUCUCCCACCGCCAGGUUCACCCUUCUCUUCUCCCAUGGGAAUGCAGUGGAUUUGGGUCAGAUGAGCAGUUUCUACAUCGGUCUUGGCACCAGGAUCAACUGUAAUAUCUUCUCCUAUGACUACUCAGGGUAUGGAGUCAGCAAUGGGAAGCCUUCUGAAAAGAAUCUGUAUGCAGAUAUUGAUGCCGCAUGGCAGGCAUUGAGGACCAGAUAUGGCAUUAGUCCUGAAAACAUCAUACUGUAUGGGCAGAGUAUUGGCACCGUUCCAACUGUAGACCUGGCUUCGCGGUAUGAAUGUGCUGCCGUUAUUCUGCAUUCUCCUCUGACCUCAGGAAUGCGGGUGGCAUUCCCAGACACAAAGAAAACAUACUGCUUUGAUGCAUUCCCCAACAUUGAUAAAAUCUCCAAGAUCUCAUCUCCUGUGUUGAUCAUCCAUGGAACGGAGGAUGAGGUGAUCGACUUCUCUCAUGGCCUGGCGUUGUAUGAGCGUUGCAUUAAAGCAGUGGAGCCACUGUGGGUGGAAGGGGCUGGUCACAAUGACAUUGAACUAUACAGCCAAUACCUGGAGCGUCUCCGAAAGUUUAUCUCUUAUGAACUGGUCAAUGUGCAACGGAAUUGAAUGUAACCAAGAACAAACAUUUUGGAAAGUCUAUUUUUUCAGGAGAACUUUGGGUAGUAUUGGAAACAAAAACAACCAUGAUUUUUUUUUAAAUUCACAUUGGGUGCUAGUGCAGGUAAAGCAUAGAAAACAAAUGUGAUGCAACAAUUAUUCUUGAGUAUUUUGCUAAUUAUUUACAACCAUAGUAAGUUGUUGCUUUUCUAUCUGUAAGGAGUUUGUGGGGUUGAAGCCAGAGUAAAGGUGAAUUUGUUCCUUGUGAGAUGAGGCCCUUUAAAUGCAAUCCAUUUGGUCAUUUUGGCUAUUUUUUUUUUUUUUUAAGAACUCUGGUGUAUUUAGAACGGUUUUUACUCUUCACACCACAGGAAGCUAUUGUGUCACUAUUU